AUGCCGACCCUCGCUCCCCUCCCUGUGCGGCAGAAUGGCCGGACGAUAGAUCGUCCCCGCACCCCUAGUCGACCUAGUACCUCCUCAUCCUCAAAGGAGAAUGAGUCCUCGUCGAAUAAUUCUGCUCCACUACCCUACGUAUGGCCCCAAUUUUCCCUGGGGGGCUGUUGGUCAUGGAUGGAUUGGGGUAACGGUGGUUGUGGUCGUGGCUGUGAUUGUGGUUGAGGUGGUGGUCGUGGUGGAUGCAUGAAUGGCGGGGGAAAUGGGAGUACUCUUUUGCUAAUGCUGAGGGAGCUUUAGACUUUAGGUGAUUGUCUUGGAAAGGGCGCUUUCGGAUCGGUUUAUAGAGCGCUCAAUUGGGGGACUGGAGAGACUGUAGCUGUCAAGCAGGUCCGGCUGACAGAUCUCCCCAAAAGUGAGCUUCGUGUGAUUAUGGUGAGUUAUUUCUUUCUCUUGGUGGUGGUGGUUGUAUUCUCUAGGGGCUGCUCCACUGACGCUUUGUUAUGCAUAGCUUGAAAUCGAUCUCCUCAAAAACCUCAAUGUGAGUUUGCUCGGGAGGGGGAGGAGCGCUCCAAAUUUUUAUCAAAGUUUUUUUUUCUAACAUCCGGAAGCAUCCGAAUAUCGUCCAAUACCACGGCUUCGUUAAAACCGCCGAUUCCUUAUACAUCAUAUUAGAGUAGGGGCACUUCCUGUCUUCCAGGGGUCUAUUCCAUCGAUCGUCCUGGCUAACCGGAGUGUCAGAUACUGCGAGAAUGGGUCCCUCCACAGCAUUUGCAAGAAUUUUGGAAAAUUCCCCGAGAACCUAGUUGGGCUUUACAUGACUCAGGUUCUACAUGGGUUACUGUAUCUCCACGACCAGGGCGUUAUACAUAGGGAUAUCAAAGGCGCAAAUAUCUUAACAACUAAGGAGGGGUUGGUGAAGCUGGCGGAUUUCGGAGUUGCUACAAGGGCCACUGGCCUCAGCGAUUCAUCUGUGGUCGGGACUCCCUAUUGGAUGGCCCCGGAGGUUAUUGAGCUAGCAGGAGCUACCACGGCAUCCGACAUAUGGUGACACCCACCGAAGCUUCAGAGAUGCUAUAUGGAAGCUUACAGAAUGAUAGGAGUGUGGGGUGCACAGUUGUUGAGCUAUUGGACGGGAAACCCCCAUAUCACAAACUUGCUUCGAUGCAAGCACUCUUUAGAAUCGUCAAUGAUGAUCAUCCUCCACUUCCUGAAGGUGCCUCUCCGGUUAGUCCUAUGAAUAACCGCUUGUGGAGUGGUGGAAGAGACUCAUAUCUUUCGUUUUUAGGCUGUCCGUGAUUUCCUUAUGCAGUGCUUCCAAAAAGACCCUAAUCUUCGGGUGUCUGCUCGGAAGCUGCUUAAACACUCUUGGAUUGUUACUGCCAAACGUGCGGACUCGGUUGUUCGGACACCAACAACGAAAUACGAUGAAGCCGUUAAGAGCGUCCAACAGUGGAAUGAAGCAUUGAAGUCGCCUAACGCUGGCGCCUCGAAAAGGCCGCUCCGGAAUCCAAUCGUCAGUCCUACGCCCCGAAGAUAUACCAACGACUUCUCAGCUGUAGUGGCAGCUCCAGUGAAGGGAGGUUACAGGGCCUUUUCAGCGUCACGCAAAACUGAGGCCUUUAUGUCGCCUGAGAACAAUGGUGAGUAGUCAUGAAUGGCUUUCCGUGGAUUGAACCACUGACAGGAGCCACAGAUGACGACGAGGACAAUUGGGACGACGACUUUGCUUCAGUUAUAUCGCCCAGUGCUCUCCAGCUCCCUCGCAACAGGGCCCCAGAGAACCGACAUUUAGGGGCCGCACAAUCAUCUGAACGUCUCAAGUCUUUUGCAUCCAACGAUGGGGCCAAUGAGAGCUGGGACGACAAUUUCGAGGGCGAUCUCACCAUCAAGAGUCCUCCAUGUGAGUUGCUAUUUUGCAGUAAUGCCCGCACCGGCGCCCCGCGCUGACAUUCUUUAGUGAUGUCGGAUUUUGACGAUGACGCUAUGCAAACUAUCCGACCCUACUUCCCUCGGCGCCAGAGCGAACCCGUUCCUGAAUUUGACCAUGACAUGCCUAGCUCCCCCAGGCUCCCCAUCAGAGAGAAGCAAUCCAUGCCACCGCCGCCCCCCCCUCCAGUGUUAUCACCAUCUCCCGCCAAGUUAGUAAAGAAGAAGCUUGUGUUACCAUCACGAAAUGCCUCCCGCCCGGCUUCGAUUUUCAAGGAGGAUUCUUUCGAGGACUAUUCCGAUCUGGCGCCCCUGAAUGAAGCUAACUUUGCUAAGAAGGUUGAUCUUAUGAAGGUAGCAUUAUAUUAUAUUACCGUGCUCGGCUCUUACAUAUAUCACUACUAACAAGUCUCGAUUAGAAGGAUGCUUCCUUGAGUCCACGGCUUUUCCACCCAUCCGAUUUGAAGAGUCUCCCACGUUCUUCCCAAUCAUCGCAGAACGGGAGCCUUCACCGCAAGGAUUCUAUCAGUGACAUGAAGGCUGCCCACAAAAUGCGUAGAACGCGGUCGUCAUUGGAGAUCCAGAAGUUUGCGGAGCCAGAGGGAGAAGAUGAUUACUCGGAUAUCUUCGGGAGUGAAGGCGGCACUGACGAGGCCGGAUCGGAGAGUGGUGAUGAUCAGAGUUUAAUGCUAAAUACGAAGUUGUCUAAUAACUCUUGGGUAAGUCUACUAGACCCCGCUCUGACCAUUUACCUUUCUGACCGAGCGAUAGCUUGGUGACGAGGACAUUGACGAAGAAGACCCUUUUGCUCAGUUGGAGGAAGGGUUCGACGAAAUGGGUUUGUAUCCUUACCUAGUGAUUAAGCAGAUUUUGGGUUAACGGUGAUUUAGAUCUCGAGGCGAAUAUUGCCAGGGAUAAGUAUGCUCGUCUUUGCGUCCAAGUUGAGAGCUUGGUUGGUUCAUUGAAAAUCACUCAGUGUGAGGAUGACUUGGAUGAUAUUUCGUCACAAUUGGUAUAGAUCCCCCCGCUCAUUACCUCGUAUCUUUUUCAGUAAGCUGAUGGCCCACAAGAUGGACAUUCUUUCUGAAUCCCCGGAAACGAAAGUCACCAUUAUCAGCGCUCACGGAAUGCUGCCAGUAUUGGAAGUCCUAGAAAAUUGCACAAAGCGUGAGGUUAUAUUGAAAUUAUUAAAGAUAAUGAAUGCUGUUUGUCUCCCUGACCCUCUCCCCGGACCGCACGUGCUCACGAUUGGCAGAUCAUAUUCGACGAUGUCGAAAUUCAGGAGAAUCUGUGUUUCGUCGGUGGCAUCCCAAUUAUCACCAAAUUUGCCUCCAAAAAGUAUCCGAGCAAUAUUCGACUUGAAGCUGCAGCCUUUGUGCGGCAAAUGUACCAGACCUCAACCUUGACCUUACAGAUGUUUGUGAGCUGUGGAGGUUUGAACGUUCUUGUCGAAUUUUUAGAGGAGGAUUAUGAUGCCCAGAAAGACCUGGUCCUUAUCGGUGUCAAUGGAAUCUGGAGCGUCUUUGAGAUGCAAGGUCCAACGCCCAAGAACGAUUUCUGCCGCAUCUUUUCGAGAAGCUCCGUCCUUCAUCCGUUAUCACUUGCAUUAAACCACGUCCUAGAUGAGGAUGGCGAGCUAUCGCAUCUGUGCGCUGAAAGGAUUGUGAAGAUAUUUUAUCUCUUUUCACAAGCGGAGAACCAUGUCAAGGAGAUGGUAGCGGAUCGGAUUGUGUUGAAAAGUGUGUUACUCCCUUCCCUAUCGCCUCAUUUCCUCGGAUCGCUCACCUUUUUCUGGUAAUUAGGGGUUUUGAAAGAUUUGAAGCGGAUGAUCCCCCAUCAUCAGAUCGUCAUGCUAAAGUUCAUUAAAAAUCUGUCAAUGUUAUCAGCCACUCUUGAUACAUUGCAGAACUCCAAUGCGAUCGAGGUCCUCACAGACCUCCUUAAGGAUAGCUUGAGUGCUCCUCACUUUAGGGUAAGUGAUAAAAACGAGCGUUGGUGGCUUGUGGGCUAACUUUCUGUAGGAAAUUUCAAAUCAGGUCUUAAAUACCAUGUACAACCUAUGCAGAUUGAGCAAAUCUCGACAGGAAGAAGCAGCGCUCCAGGGAAUUAUUCCAUUGCUGCAAAGAGUUGUUAGUACCGAGCGUCCUCUGAAAGAGUUUGCACUCCCAAUACUGUGCGAUAUGGCCCACUCUGGCAAGGUUUGUAGGAAGACUCUUUGGCAGAACAAAGGUCUUGAGUUUUAUAUCGGGCUACUCUCCGACCAAUACUGGCAGGUCACUGCUCUUGAUGCUAUCUUAGUUUGGUGGGGCUUCCUCGGGCUGGCUCGCAAUAUUCGUGCUGAUAAUGGUUACAGGUUACAAGAGGAAACUGCGAGAGUUGAGGACAAACUGCUGAGCGUACCAUUCACUGCAGCUAUAAUCAAGUGCUUUAGGGGCUCUAAAAAGAAAUCCUUCGAGAAUAUUCUGGAACCGCUUCAGAAAUUGCUACGCCUGAGCCCACAGCUCGCAUAUGCUGUGGGCAGGCCAGAGUUCUUUGCUCGGAUCCUUGAGGAAUUAACUCACAAUAAGCCUGUUGUCCGGCUGAAUCUUUUGAGAAUUCUACGAACAAUCUGUGAUGUUAAUGAGCAAAGGGAAUUGCUUAUCCGGCAAUAUGGAAUGUUCCAGACUAUUCAACGUCUUGCAGAUCGAGAUGGCGCUGUUCUAGUGCGGAAUUUGGCUGGAGAGUUAAUAAAGCUUUGUCUGGAGAGGGAAAAGAAAAAGAGCCAGCGUCAGAGCAGCAGUAGCCGACGCCGUCAGUCCAGCCUAUCAUCUUCAUCAUCCAUAUCUUCUUUGUCUGCACCCGCCCUUCCCCGUCACAAAUCAGAUCUUGUGAAUAUGUGGUCUUACGAGAAGGAAAUAGGUGAUCGGAAUGCGGGGAAUGAUAUGUUAUCGGAAAUUACUGGGAGCCUUGGCUCCAGUAGGUUAGAUGGGAGUGACCGGAGGCAAAGGAGAACGUCGAGCGGCUCAAGGACAUCAAACAAGUAUAUUCCACGCCGAAGUCGUACGAGCACAAGUAAUGUCGAGCCACGAGAUUGGGAAUGA